CUUCUCCUCCUAUCGACGCUUGUAAAUUAAAUUCCACGGUUGGCUAACGUACACGUAUAAGAGGAAAGCGGAUCAACGUGUGGCUCGCGUUAGAUGGAGCGUGGGCAGCUUGCGUCAUUAAGCAUAGUGUCCUGUUCCCCCUGUAAAGGAAGGGAGGCGGGCGGAUGUAAGGAUGCGCUUACGCAGGAAACGGUGCAUGUCCCGGUGACGAUACAGAAACUUGUAGAGAGACAGAGAGAGAGCGCGAGCGAGCGCGCGCGCGAGCGAGCGAGAAGAAAGGAGGAGAGGAGAAGAGGCGACACACGUAGGAGAGAGAAGGACGCGCGGAAGGAGCGCACGGAUGACGCGAUGAGACUGAGCCCGAUCAUCCUGUCGUGGGCCACGGCGAGUUGGCUCGGCCCAGCCGGAACUGCGGCUGCGCGGGAGGGCGCCAAGGAUCACGAGCUGUCCACGGAAUUCUUCCUCGUGCCCGGGCUGGACGCGGCGGUGGACAGGAACGGGCUGGCGAGCGUGGCGAGUGUCAUCAGCGUCCCGGCGCCGAACAGGACCGUUUCGGUGCACAAACUCCCCCCCGGGAGGAAGAGGGGCCAGGCCGAGAUCGAGGCCGAUACACGCGCCUACCCGAGGUCCUUGCUCAGGCAACGACCCUGGGCUCUUCCUCUUGCUGCCCUCAGCGCUGCCACCAUGCUCCUCAUGGCUGGCUUCGAGGUUUUCGUACUGCUCAAGGCAAGAGUGACCGCACCAAAUAGACGACAUUUAUUUUUGGGACAAGCUCUACUUUUAGGCCUUUUCCUACUGGCAGGACUCUCAGCUGCGGCCUCCCUCAGCCAAAACCCUCUCUCCUGCGCCGCAUUUCGAUUAGUCGGCUUGCCUGCCGCUCUCGUAUUUGCGGCCUUGUUGGUUAAAUGCGUGUUCCUGCUCUCGUUAAAUAGCGGAGUUUAUCUACCGGCACCCUAUCAAGCAUUGGUAUUGGGAUUUGCGGUACUCGUGCAAGUAGCUAUAAUCGGGCAAUGGUUUUACGGCGAGCCACCCAUGGUUGUCCAAGUACAAAAUACGGGACAAAACUUCACGAUGUCCUGUUGCAAAACCCCUCUUGGACAGAUAGUCGCCUCCCUCGGGUAUCCAGGCGCGUUGCUGGUCGCGGUUGCUUGUUUGGCGGUUCGAGCGAGGGGCGUCCGAGACAACAACCGGGAAGCGGCGUUUAUCGGCCUGGCCGUUGGUUUAUCGCUUCCGAUUUGGAUAUCGAGCGCGAUCGGCUCCGUGGCGGCCUCGACGGAGAGCGACAGGGAGGCUUGGCUCGCCUACGGCUUAUUGGCCACUUCCCUUCUCGUCUUCCUGACCAUGUUCCUGCCGAAGGGCCGACAGCUAGCCGCCCUCGGCCGGGAGGCCACCGCGACGGUGAUUCGCGAUCGGGACGAUGCUAUGAGCUCGCUUCCCGGCAGCGGUUACUCGCCCUCCUUCUUCCACUUCAAACCGGCGGAAGCUUCUUUAAAGAGGAAGAUGCAUUAUCAUAGCGGCGAUCGCGUGGCAUUAGUUUCAUCCGCUAUACCUGGAUGUACUGCUUGCAGGCACGGUGGAAGCCCCAUAUACUCCGACGAUGUUCACAGUCCGAUGGAAACGUUCGUCUUACCACCACCAGGCAUGUACUUAAGACCAGAAGACGCGGGAAAUUUGUACACUACUCUAUCGGCAAAUCCCAAUGUAUUUUUUCAGCGAGCAGCUCAUCCCGGGAUGAUGUAUUGAUAAAUGCUUUCAAAUAAAAAUCCGUAAAUUUGACGAAAGAA